GUUACCUACGCAAGGAAACCUUACAACGUCCGUUUUGUCGCUCGAUUCCUUGCCUGAAAGAGUAUAAGGAAUGUUUGGAAUACAGAAGCGAAGGCUGUUUGGUGUUCUUUCAUUACCGGUAAUUGUGGCAGUGAUCUGCUGUGCUCAAAGCGCCAAUGAACCAGGAAACAUGUCUUUUGUCAAAGAGACAGUGGACAAGCUUUUGAAAGGCUAUGACAUUCGUCUUCGACCGGACUUUGGAGGCGCACCGGUGGCAGUUGGCAUGAGCAUCGAUGUGGCAAGCAUAGACAUGGUGUCUGAGGUCAACAUGGACUACACACUGACCAUGUAUUUCCAGCAGUACUGGAGGGACAAGCGGCUCGCAUAUACUGGGAUCCCUCUCAAUCUCACCCUAGACAACCGGGUAGCUGACCAGCUCUGGGUUCCUGACACGUAUUUCCUAAAUGACAAGAAGUCUUUCGUCCACGGUGUCACAGUGAAGAACCGCAUGAUCCGCCUGCACCCGGAUGGCACAGUUCUUUAUGGAUUAAGAAUCACAACCACUGCCGCUUGCAUGAUGGAUCUGAGAAGGUAUCCAUUAGAUGAGCAGAACUGCACUCUGGAGAUAGAGAGUUAUGGAUACACAACAGAUGACAUCGAGUUUUACUGGAAGGGAGGAGAAAAUGCAGUGACUGGUGUGUCACGCAUCGAGCUCCCACAGUUCUCCAUCGUGGACUACAAACUUGUGUCCAGAAAUGUUGUCUUUUCCACAGGUGCCUAUCCUCGACUAUCUUUGAGCUUCAAGCUAAAAAGAAACAUCGGCUACUUCAUCCUGCAGACCUACAUGCCCUCAAUCCUGAUCACCAUCCUGUCCUGGGUCUCCUUCUGGAUCAACUAUGAUGCCUCAGCAGCCAGAGUGGCAUUAGGUAUUACCACUGUGCUGACCAUGACCACUAUCAACACCCACCUUAGAGAAACACUUCCGAAGAUCCCCUAUGUCAAAGCCAUAGACAUGUAUUUGAUGGGCUGUUUCGUCUUUGUCUUCUUGGCUCUGCUGGAAUAUGCUUUUGUCAACUACAUUUUCUUUGGACACGUACCUCAGAUGCAGAAGAAGUUGGCCGAGAAAGCUGAAAAAGCCAAUAACGACCGCAACAAGUAUGACGGCAACAUGUCUGUUCAGGAGGGAGGCAACUGCAAGCCAUCAUCUGUUAAACAAUCCAAUCAGGUACAAGGCCACCAUCACUCACAAGGGGUGGACUCCCAGGGAAAUAUCCUUCUGACCACCCUGGAGAUCCACAAUGAGGUGGCUGGGAAUGAGGUCACCACCAGCGUUAGCGAGGCCCGAAACUCCACUUCAAUGGUGUUCGAUAACUCAGGGAUCCAGUAUCGAAAACAGAGCACUGCACGGCCCGAUGGCCGCCACAGCAUGGACAGGAACACGCAGCCCAAGAAACCGCGGCUACGUAGACGCUCUUCUCAGCUCAAAAUCAAAAUCCCUGACCUCACAGACGUGAACGCCAUCGAUCGAUGGUCACGGAUAAUAUUUCCUUCAGCUUUCUCUCUUUUCAACUUGAUCUACUGGCUGUAUUACGUGAAUUAGGCCUGAGACAUCAAUGGGUUUUUGCCCCUUCACAAUAUUUUUUUAUGUUGCCAAGUGGAAAAUAGAGACUUUUUUUGCUCUGACGUACUUAAGGGACGUACUUGCGCGCCAUAUAUAUCAAGGUUUUUCUACAAUUGAACCUUUGUUGUGAAGGGUUCAGAAGGAAGGCUACCUGCACUAAAACCCAUUCUCACAAUACCGUACAUAUGUGCUCAAACAUUCCCAUUCACACAUACACAAAAUCAGUUUUCUAAAGACUAUCUCUGUACAUACAUGUUGCAAUUUUUGAAGCCAUAGGACUUCCGCAUGAUGCACUCAGAACUGUUUUUAAUUUGUACAUGUUGCUAUGUUAUUCCAAUUGAAAGAUGCUAAUUGCAAAUGUUUCAUGCCAAUAAGUCUUUAUUGUUGGAGCGCAGGAGACUAUUAUUGAAAGACGAUUAUAUAGUUGUUGAAAUGCAGUAUAUAACAAGGGUUGUAGGUCAAAUCAUGUCUUCAGUUUCAAAGCUCGCUACAUAAACAUCAGCUGCACUAAAGGUUGCUGUUAUGAUCUUAUUUAGACAAAGUUUGUAUGUAAUCAUGUUAUGAUAUGCUUUUGGAACAUGAUUUUCAUCCGUCUUGGGUUGAUAUGAUUAUACGCCACUUUUUUGCAAUCAUCAUGUAAAGUGCUUCAGUACAUGCAAGAUAAGAUAAUAAUUGUACACUUAUCUCAUUUCAAGAAUAUCAAGAAUGAAGAAAAAGAACAAAAAUAAAUAAAUACUGCAAAUGUGGAGUAUGUAAAUCAGGGCCUGCAAAGGAUUUCCACGAUGCCAUCAUGAACAUCAAGCAUAACUAGACGAACAAUCCUGACAUUGUGUUUUGUUUUUUGUUAGUAGAUGUGUAGCAUUACUGUAUGAUUUUCAAGUGAGAGGUUUGGGUGUUUUAUUCCCCUCCAUUUUUAAAGAAUGCCUGUUUCAUUUCAGAUAUCAUUGUGUGGGUCUUUUGUGAACAUUGUAUGGCCUAUUUUCAACACAUCACUUCAUUUCCUUCCCUUCUGGUGAGGGUUAUUUCCAUUGACGGUAAAUGUAAAAGCUUGUAAUGCAUUUGAGGUAAUUAUACGUUGGCAUUAAAACUUGUCUCAGGUUCUCGUCCAACAUGAAAAUGACCCAAAUUUUUCUGAUUGUCAGUAUUCACAUCAUAUUUGUUGUGAUUAAUUUGUAUUAUAUCCUUGUGUACAGCAACAACAAUUACAUAGAUUUAGACAGCAUGAUAUUGUUUGCAUUUAGAGAUUCUACACUGAUUGUAUAUGAUUUUGUUUUGGGAGAUUUCUUUACCACCGGUCAUAUGCACUUACUCUGUUUCAGGGGCUGAAAACUGCUGUCUGGUUGAGAGUAAUGUUGUAUACUCAUGCUUGCAAAUCAUCUGAAUAUACGUAUAAAUCUCUUUAAAAUAUCCCCCGUGUGCUGUUAACAUGUCAUAUUAACAGGUUGCUUUGCAGUUGCAUUGUGCCAGUAGAUGCUCAUUAAUUCUUUAAUUACUUUUCUUCCCUCUUCUAUUGUAUGUUGUAAAUAUAUAACCCACAAUCCACACAUUUGACCCAUUUGUUUCUUUCUUUUUUUCUAAUAUUCAAUUCUGAGGUUUUAUUCUGUACAGUCAACCCCACAAAUGACCAGAUCUCUAUUUAUGAAAUGUGUUUAAAUGAUUAGAGGGUUGAAUGUCCUGAGGACAAUGAGGAAAUGGAAUAAA